UCCCUGUCGCCCCUUCGGAUCCGAGAGGGGGCGGCAGAAGGAACGCGAGGGUGACAGGGCGUGCCCACCCUGCGGCUGGGGGCCCGGCAGCGCCCCCCGCCCCCGGGACCGAACGGCUGAGGGGACUCGAAAGAAGAGGAAGAGGAACCCGAGGAGGGCUCGCCGAACCGGCCACCCGCUCCGAACUUGCCAGGGAAACUAGUGCGGAGGGAGGGGCCGGGGCCGGGGCCGCGGCGGGAGGAGGGGCGGCCGCAGCUGCAUCCAGCCCCGUUGGCUUCCUUCCCAGCUCUCCUUCGCCUCCUCCUCUUCCUCCUGUAUGAGUCAGGCAUUUCCCGGGGAUUUGGAGCAGCCACGCGCGGCCCGGGCGCCGGGAGCUGUAGCAGCAGCAGCCGCCGCCGCCGCGCCAGGAGCUUCAGCGCCGGGGCCGCCACCGCGGCGGGCACCCGCGUUCCCGGCGCGCACGGACCAUGGAGAGGGCGGCCCAAGGCGCAGACGGCGGCGGGGGCAGCAACAGCAGCAGCCGCAGCAGCAGCCGCGCCACCUCGGCGGGCUCCUCGCCCUCCUGCUCCCUGGCCGGCCGGGGGGUCUCCAGCCGGUCGGCAGUAGCGGGGUUCGGCGGCGGGGGCAGCCGGAGCAGCCCGGGCUCGGUGGCCGCUAGUCCGUCCGGAGGAGGUGGCCGCAGGAGGGAGCCGGCGCUCGAGGGCGUGCUCAGCAAAUACACCAACCUCCUCCAGGGUUGGCAGAACAGGUACUUUGUGCUGGAUUUUGAGGCUGGCAUCCUGCAGUAUUUUGUGAACGAGCAAAGCAAACACCAGAAGCCUCGGGGAGCCCUGUCUCUGUCUGGAGCCAUAGUGUCCCUGAGCGACGAAGCCCCCCACAUGCUGGUGGUGUACUCCGCUAACGGAGAGAUGUAUAAACUGAGAGCUGCCGAUGCAAGGGAGAAACAGUUUUGGGUGACUCAGCUUCGAGCUUGUGCCAAAUACCACAUGGAAACGAGUUCUAAGACGACUCCAAGUUCCCGAAGCCGCAGUCUCACUUUGCUCCCCCAUGGAACGCCCAAUCCUGCAUCUCCCUGUAGCCAGAGACACCUCGGCGCGGGGGCCCCCGGUGUUGUCACAAUCACGCAUCACAAGUCGCCUGCAGCUGCCCGAAGAGCCAAGAGUCAGUAUCCCGGCCAGCUUCACGAAGUCAGAGAGAUGAUGAACCAGGUGGAAGGACAGCAAAAGAACCUCGUGCAUGCCAUCGAGUCUCUGCCGGGCUCUGGCCCCCUCACUGCCUUGGACCAGGAUCUGCUGCUCCUGAAAGCUACCUCUGCCGCCACCCUCAGCUGCCUUGGGGAGUGCCUCCACUUGCUCCAGCAGAGUGUGCAGCAGGUGGGCCAGCCCAGCCACAAGCCGGGGGCCUCAGAAAACAUCCUGGGAUGGCACGGGCCCAAGUCACAUUCCACAGAGCAGCUGAAAAAUGGGACACUUGGCUCUUUACCACCAGCCAGUGCCAACAUAACCUGGGCGAUUUUACCAAACUCCGCUGAAGAUGAGCAAAGUUUGCCACCGGAGCCCGAGCCAAACUCGGGCCCUGAACUGGUUUUGUCCGAAGAUGAAAAAAGUGACACUGAAGAUAAGGAAGAGACAGAAUUGGGUGUCAUGGAGGAUCAACGGAGUAUAAUUCUUCAUCUCAUUUCACAGCUCAAACUGGGAAUGGAUUUGACCAAGGUGGUGCUUCCCACAUUCAUCCUGGAGAAGCGAUCCCUGCUGGAGAUGUAUGCAGACUUUAUGGCCCAUCCGGACCUGCUGCUGGCCAUCACCGCCGGGGCCACGCCAGAGGAGAGAGUCAUUUGCUUCGUGGAAUAUUAUCUCACGGCCUUCCAUGAGGGCCGCAAGGGGGCCCUGGCCAAGAAGCCCUACAACCCCAUCAUCGGUGAGACGUUUCACUGCUCCUGGGAGGUUCCCAAAGACAGGGUCAAGCCAAAGAGGACUGCCCCCCAUUCUCCUGCUGGCCAUGAACAACCGACAGCUGAGGACCCUUCCAAAAGCUACAAACUGAGGUUUGUGGCCGAGCAGGUGUCCCAUCAUCCCCCCAUCUCCUGCUUCUACUGUGAGUGCAAGGAAAAGAGACUGUGCGUCAAUACUCAUGUAUGGACCAAAAGCAAGUUCAUGGGCAUGUCCGUGGGGGUCUCCAUGAUAGGGGAAGGUGUGCUGAGGCUCCUGGAACAUGGGGAGGAGUACGUGUUCACCCUGCCCAGUGCCUACGCGAGGUCCAUUCUCACCAUCCCCUGGGUGGAGCUCGGAGGCAAAGUGAGCAUCAGCUGUGCCAAGACGGGGUACUCGGCAACAGUCAUAUUCCACACGAAGCCUUUUUACGGAGGGAAGGUCCACAGGGUCACAGCCGAAGUGAAGCACAACCCAACCAACACCAUUGUUUGUAAAGCCCACGGGGAAUGGAACGGUACCUUAGAGUUCACCUACAACAGCGGAGAGACCAGGGUCAUCGACACAACCACACUGCCAGUGUACCCCAAGAAGAUCAGACCUCUGGAGAAGCAGGGGCCCAUGGAGUCCAGGAACCUCUGGCAGGAGGUGACCAGAUACCUGCGGCUGGGGGACAUUGAUGCUGCCACCGAGCAGAAGCGGCGCCUGGAGGAGAAGCAGCGGGUGGAGGAACGGAAACGGGAGAACCUCAACACACCGUGGCAGCCCAAGUAUUUUAUCCAGGAGGGCGACGGCUGGGUGUACUUCAAUCCGCUUUGGAAGGCACACUGAUGGGGUGGUGGUGCAGAUCUUUCAGAAAGAGCCCUGUUUUUGUAGGAAUUAAAGUGGUGCAGUAUCAGGGUUCUCCUGGUAUUCACUAAGAUCUGUUGAUACCAUUCAAGAAAUGGUACCUGAGAGGGAAAUGAUAUACUGUGAAAAUGCACCACCAAACCACUCUAGGAUUGAAUUUACUCAAGAGCCAUUUGGGGCAUGUGUGUGUGCACUGGUCUGUGUGUGAGCUCUCAGUACACUGUAUGUUCACACACAUGCACUAUAUACACAUAUCUGCUGGGUAUUAUUACACAUGUAAAUACUGCACUUACCAAGAUUUGAGUGGGUAAUUACGAGCUCCUUUUUAUCAAUGAGGUUUGAAGUUUUCUAUUUUUCACUUUGCCAAAAAUGUUUUGCACUCACAAAAGUAUUCUCGUGUAGUCAAGUCCUGUCAAAACAGAGGUGAACUGACAUGGCCCAGUUGGUGUCCAUAUGGUAGAAAGUGGCUCAUUCCUGGAGGAAGUGUAGGUGGCUGUCACUUCACAAUUAUUUUUGUGAUUCCCACCUCCCUCCCCACUUUAGCAUUUUAUCCUUCCUCAAGAAAGAGCAGCUAUUUCCCACUGAAUGGCAAGUGGGCAAGAAGCCAUUAAGGGUUUGUGCCAGAGCCUUCCGUGAGGGAGCAUCUUUGGGAGAAGCAGGCCCACCUUGGAAUUAGCGUCCCAUCUCCUUGCCCCAGAAUCUUUCUGACAAUUUCUUCUGCACCAAGCAUUAGACAUUUUUCAGAAGCUGUUGCUAUUAGAAAACAAGUCAGAUGAAGACUUCACUACUUUUGUGAUGAAAAAGGGCUUUAGAAGUUAAAUACACGCAUGCAUAUAAAAAACUGCACAACCACAGCCUCAAUUUUGUAUUUAGUUUGGGGAGAGAGAAAAGAAUUUUCUGUCUGUGGUUCUUCUUCUUCUUCUUUUUUUUUUAAGUGCGCCUCUCUUGUUUGACCCAAACUCAGCAAGAAAACCACUGUGAUUAAAUGACACACACAUAAAGACUGCAAAAGCGUUCCAUGGUUUCAGUUGAAUUUCAGUCCUCAGCCUUUACAAAUGAGGUCAAGACAUGACUAGAAUAUAAAGCAAAGAAAAAAAUGGAGUAUUUGAUUUUUUGCUCAAUGCUUAAUUUAUUUUUUACUGUGCCACUCAGAAUAUUUAUAAAAAUCCAGUAGCAUGAAUGCUUCUCUGUAGUAAUACUGAUUUUUGUGCCUUUUGUCUGCUUUCUUAAGACCAAUAGUUCACUUUGUAGAUAUUAGACAAUAUAUUUCAAUUAAGUACUAUACCUAUCUGUGUGUCUGUAUUUUAUUUUUAGGGAUCCAAAAUUUCAGUUGGAACUGGUAGUUCUGAAUGAGCUCAGAUUUUAUUGGUUAUAUUGCUAAUUUGAUGUGAACAGCAAUCAUAUGUACAUCAAAAUAGUGUUUGAAACACAGUAAAAAAAAAUCUACCUGAUAAACAUUAUUUAUGGAAAUGUUCUGACAAGUUCAUUUGAAAAUUUGUCUCCUGUCUAGUGAAUGUUCUAGCUUGUGAGACGUUAGUACCGGUCAAAGUCCUAAUAUAGUAGGCCUGUUCAGGUUCAUAGUCUUAAAACAUCUGGGAGAAUAAAGUGUGUGGAGCCAUUUUAUUUCUGAGAAGGAAAACAGAAUAGAUGCUAUUUCAAGGGAGAAAAUCUUCAAAGAGAAGACUGCAAAAUAAUCACUGUAGUGUUUUAGAUUUUUCCAGUCUUCGUUACGGUAAAGUGUGAACCAUCUGGGAAAUUAAACAUGGACAAUGUUUGCUUGCUUUUCUGUUUUAGGUGGGAGAGGGUUCAAUUUGCCUUUUUAAAAAAUUGUGAAAUAUAUACAGAGGAUUUAUAUAAAAUAUAUUACAAUUCCAAGAAUAAACACUUAUGUACUCAAUGCUUAAGGGAAGACACCCAAGUUUGCUAGUACCUUAAAUGCCACAUUUGUGUCCCUACAAAAUUGUAUCCCCCUCCUUGAUCAUAGCGAUAACACCACCACUGUCCUGAUUCUUGGAAUAACUUUUUUUUAACUACCACACAUGCUAUGUGUAUUUAUAAAGAGCAUGCUUGGUUUUUGCCUAUCUGAGCUAACAUUUUGCUUAUAGGUCAAUCUGUGUUGUGAGUUACUCUAUUUGUUUGCUUUCCUGCUCUUUUUUGCUGAAUUCACAUUUUGUUUUAUACUUUCAUCGUGGCAAAAUAUGUAUGUAACAUAUAAUUUACCAUUUUAGCAAUUUUUAAGUAUACAGUUCAUUGGCAUUAAAUACAUUCCCAGUGUUGUGUAACCAGCACAACCAUCUUAGUUUCCAUCUUCCCAAAAUGCAGCUCCCUGCACAUUAAACAGAGACUCUGCCUUCCUACCCCCCAUCUCUGCAACCCUUAACAACCACCAUUGGACUUUAACUAGCUACUAUAAGUGCCUCAUAUAAUGGAAUCCUUCUGCCCAUAUCCUUUUGUGUCUGGCUUAUUUUACUUGGCAUAAUGUGUUCAGAGCUCAUCAGAACUUCUUUUUAGGACUGAAUCCUAUUCCAUCAUAUGUAUAUAUAUCAUAUUUUGUUCAUCUCUUUAUCUAUCCAUGAACAUUUGGCUAUUGUGAAUAAUGCUGCUGUGAACAUGGGAGUGCAAAUACCUGAGUAAUACCUGCUUUCAGUUCUUUUGGGGAUAUACGUAUCCAGAAGGAAAAGGUACUAUAUCAUGAAAAUUCCAUGUUUAACUUUGGAGUACCUGCCAUACUGCUUUCCACAGUGCCUCCAUCAUUUUGUAGUCCUACCAGCAAUGCAUUAAGGUUUGAAUUUUUCCACAUCCUCCCCAACACUUGUUUUUCUGUUUUAUAAUAAUGAUC